CUUCUAUCUGAAUGGAGACUCCGUCAUGACCGUGACCGUUGGAUCCCCACAGCCCAGGGCUACUUUAACAAAGUUUAAGAUGGACGCUUCACACCAGGGCAGUUACAGCUGUCUCUACAGAACCCACUCCAACGGCAAAGCCAUCAGCUCCCCUUACAGCAACGUUACUAAAGUGGUCCUGCUACAGCCCAACAUCUCUCUCAGUCCUCCAAAUGGAGGGAUGUUUUGGGAACCUCAUGGGCCAGAGGUGACCAGGGGCCACAGCUUCUCCAUCAUCUGCUCCAUUCAGUCACAGUAUCCUGGAGGCCUCUUCUAUCUGGACUUCUCUGGUUCCAACAGAACAGAGACUACGCCAGCAGUCAACCACUCUGCCUGCUUCCACUUCCCUGUUGCAGAGUAUAAAGACCAGGGGAAAUAUAGCUGCAGCUAUGGAGUCAACAUCUCCACGCGGUCAUUCAGGUCGGCUAAUAGUGAACUAGCUGUCACCAUUAGAGCCUCUAUGGUCCCCAUCAUUGCCUCUGGAGGGACUGGUGCGCUAGCGCUCCUGUUUCUGCUCGUCAUCUGUCUCGUCAGCAGGAGGACAUGGAGGAGCAGCAAGCCAUCUACAGAGACUGACCAGAGAGAAUGUAUCGACAACAGAGGCGAGGACGACAAAGUAGAAGAGGAGGAGGACUACGUGAAUGUUGAAAACGUCUGUGACGAGAGAAGUCUGGAGAGCGGGAAGGGUGAAAAGAAGAAUAGGAAUAAAAAAGGGCGCCGCUCUGGGAACACGGAGGAUGUCUGUUUCAACGAGGAGGAGGGUGAAAGGGAGGGAAACGUUCACAGAAAGCGUGUUUGUGGUGGGUCUCGUGAGAAAGUGAAUAGUGCAGACGCCGAUUAUGGCAAUGUCUCUGCCUAUGACAAUGUUGUAGCGCAUGACGUGAACAAAGACAUUUAUCAAAACUAUUAGGAGGAGUAACAGUGGACUGUGUGUCACUAAAGUAACUCAUUGGCAUCAACACAUUGAUGUGUAAAUAAAGUUAAGUAACAAUAAUUCAGAUGCAAUAGUUGCUAUAGUUGACACUUAAACGAGACAUAUGACAUGGUAUUGCUCUAUUUUAUUUAGCUUUUUGUAACCAAUCGAAAUGUUCAGCAUAUUUGAUCCAUUGGGUCAAAUCCGAACUGUCGUUUUUUGUAUUACGUCGGUGGGGUGUCCCUUUCUGUGUCUUUGAUCAGUUCCAGUAUUGUUGAGGAACUAGCUUUAAGUAUAAACUGUUGGUUGAUUGCACUAAAAUAAACAGGGUUCUC